UGUAAAAUAUCAUUGUUUUGUUCAAGCCUUUGUCAGGGUCAGAGCUCAAGUUCCAGCAGCAUUAAUGAAGAAAGUUGUGUUGAAGUUGGAUCUACACGAUGACAAGCAGAAGCAGAAAGCGAUGAAGGCGGUAUCGGGUCUACGGGGCGUUGAUUCGAUAGCGAUGGACAUGAAGGAUCAGAAGUUAACGGUGAUAGGCGAGUUAGACCCGGUGGUGGUGGCGAAAAAGCUAAGGAAACAAUGUUACACUGAGGUUUUAUCAGUCGGACCGGCCAAAGAAGAGGAGAAGGUCGACAACAAAACCGAGUGCAUCGCCGACUCUGUCAUGGCCCACGGCUACCAUCCUUACUACACUCCAUGCUACCGUGUUGUGGCGGCAGAAGAGUAUCCCAGUGCAUGUGUGAUCUGCUAAAUUUUCAUGCUCUUUCAUAUCCAUGGUUUGAUAAAUACAAGGAUUGGUAUUGUAAUGUCGGUCUCUAGUGCACUGUAUGUAAUAGAAUUUCUGAAGGAUCAAAUAUAUUAACAAAAUUUUA